AUGACGGAUCAGAGUAAGGAAUAUCAAAUGAAUGACAGUGAAUCUGUAUCGCGGAAGAAAAGAUACAAGCUGAAGGAGAAGCUAAACGCGCUGGAAUAUACUGAAUCCGAAGUCGAGAUUAGGUACACCGAAUCUCGCAACAAGGGCAAAUCUAAAAAGUUGGUGCCUAGCGACAAUAGUUCAGGAAGUGAAAGUGUACCGCCUGUGAAACGCAAUAAAGGAAAAGCCAGAAAGAACACUGCAAAGAGGAAGUACAUAUUGCUAUAUAUAUGUAUUGUUUCAGAGGAAGAUAAUAGUUUGGAUGGAUUCAUCGUGGAUGACAAAGUGACAGAAAGUUCUUCUAGUUUUGAAGACUCUGAUGAAAUCAACGAAGAUGAAUCAGAUGCCAACUCCGAUGGUUAUGUGACUGUCCAGAGUGAAGUUUCUUUCAAUGGUAUUAUGGGACAUGCGAUCUUCAAGCGAAAUUUGGGAUUCGUUCAACAUUAUCCUUUCGUCAAUCCAGGACGUGCUGAUUGGAGGAAAUACAAGAGAGGUCAUCUAGUAAAACAGGUGGGAUUCGAUGUCAUAGGAGGCAAAUUCGAGCUCUCCUCGGGAUUUAUUGGUGGAGUGUUGAAUUUGGGCAGAACCUUUGCUACGCGUCUGAUCAACUUUAACAGAUGUAUGGAUGUUCCCUCGCAUGUCAUUUAUACCACGAGGAAGAACUCGUAUAACGGCAAUUCACCCCAGAAGAGACUGCCAAUUUACGAUGUUACUAAAGAAGAUGGCUUCCUCUUGGACGCAUAUCAUCUCGAUCGAUUGACCAGCUAUCCUUUGUAUAAAGGAGGUCGACGAGAUCUUCCCAGCGGUUGCGUAGCUGCAGUGGGUUAUACUGCAUCAACAUUCAAAGGCGGAACAGGGGGAACUGAAGAUGUAGUCCUUCUUAACGUCCUCUUUGUGAUCUUUCUCGCUAAAGGAAUCACCGAAGAGGAGCAGCAAGAAGAAUGA